GGGGUUGGAAGUUGGCGUUGCCUUGAUGAGGGGGCGGAAGGUGGUGGCUGUUGUUGUUGGCGUGCCAUUGUUGGCUGGAUGUUGUUUGAGGUUGUAUGCCCACCAUGUUACCAAACUGGUUGACGCCACCGCCGCUCAUGUUGAUAUUCAUGUUCAUACCUCCAGUGUCCAUCACACUGCUUACAGGGGCGGAUGGUCUCGAAGGGGCAACCUGCUGACCAAAGCUGGACUGUGGGAAGGUUGGAAAACGAGGGACACGGUUAGCUUGUUGGAUAGUCAUUGUGUCUCCUCCUGAGGGGCACGCAUAAGCCUAAUCAUCCCGGCGAACCAUCUGCAUGGCGUUCCACUGAGCAUCUGAGUUGCGCUGCUUCACCAGCC